UUGCCAUUCAGUCAUAUUCAGUCUUGUAAUUCCUGUCACUCUGACAUCAUAUCAUCUUCACAAUUGAUACUGCAUAAAUGCAGAAUCAGACAUUCACAGUGUGAAAUAAACUAUGACGAAUUUUCUUCCAAAUUAGACGUCCGUGAGUUAGUCGAUAUACCGAACCAUGGGGAAAUUUAUGGCAGUGCUGGCUAGUUUUGCGGCUAUAUCGAUGAACUUCCAAAUUUUCAGAGAAACUCAAGACGCUGGACCUGGACCUCUGUUAUCGACCUACAUAUUCCUUUUUGCCUUCUUCCUGCUGCUAUGGGAUCUGACUCUGUAUCCGAAAACAUUGAGGCAAUUGGGACGUAUAAGUCAAUUUUUCAUGGAGUUCCUCAUUGCCACAUUCAUGACGGAAUGCAUCAUGAUAGACUUCUGGUUUCCCUUGGAGAAGAUGGUGAUGAACAUCCCCGCCAAGAUGGCCGACGUGAUAGACGACAUGCUUUCGAGCGGUGAAUGGAGGUGCGACACUCUUUGCGACACCCUCAGGAGCCAGGCUCUCACUUAUGUGGUCAGCUAUGCUGUCAGUGUGUCGUUCCUCGUUGCAGUACUACAUGCCACCAGAGUGAUCGAUCUGAGAGCCCUGAGAGAGGGGCCUUCAUGUUUCUUCGGAGACAUCGUGUUCAGAUUGAAAAAAGUCAUCAAGAAGCAACUGAGAAUGUUCGGAAUCGGUGCCAGGCGCGUAGAAAUGAAUUCAGACAUCAAUGUCGAUCUCAGUGCCGAUAUCUGUGAGAGCCUCACCCAGAGGAAGCCUAGGAGAAGUAGUAGAAAAGGUAGAAGACAGUCGAGUAAGUCAUCUAGGGACAAGAAAUGCAAGGAUAAAUCCAUCGCGCGAACAAGGUCAAGAAGUAGGAGUUCAUGCGUUAUUGUCGGAAGAGAGACAGAGGAAAACGUGCCGUUUUUGGAAAAGUUGGGGUGCAACAUCAUUUGAAAAAUUAUCAACAUUCAUUAUUCUGUAUGAGUAGGUACAUAGUACGUGAUGAAAUUAUCUUGUGAUAUAAAACAAUAAAGACAUAAUACACUGAGUAUCCUUC